AUGGAGGUUGCUGCGACGACUGCGAGCCAUGAGCUGGUCCCUCAGCUGCAGUUCCCUCCUGGCUACCGCUUCGUGCCGACCGAGGAGGAGCUCGUCGACGUCUACCUCCGCGCCAAGAUCGAGGGCCACAAGCUUCCCCUGGAAGUCAUCAACGACGUCUCCAUCCUCGAAUGGCAGCCCGGCAAACUCGUCGAGAAGUACAAGGGGUACGGCGAGAACAGGUGGUUCUUCUUCACGGUGCGGGAGCAGUCGUCGUCGAACAAGGAGAAGGAGCCCAGCCGGAAGGUGAGGGUGGACGGCGUCACGGCGACAUGGAAGGCCACGGGGAGCGUGCAGCACAUCCGGCGGGCGAGAUCCAAGGACGGCGACGGCGACAAGGUGGUCGUGGGCACCAAGAGGGUGCUCAUCUACAACUCCAGCGACACCGCCGAGAACGGCAAGUGGAGCAUGCACGAGUACGUCCUCAAAGACCACGCCGCGAUUGGGCAGUAUGCCCUGUACUCGAUCCAAAGGAAGCAGCACUCGGACACCGAGGGCAAUGCCGGCAAUGACGACAUGGAUCCAGAGAAGAAGAAGAAGAAGACUAGAAAGAGGAAGAGGACGGAGACGGAGAUGCCUUCUACCGAACUGGAGGGAGUGCAGCUGCCGCACCCAGAGACGACAACACUGCUCGCCGAGCCACCACUGAAGCCGACAAGGAAGGCCAAGGCCCAGAGGAAGAAGAAGCCAUCAAUGCAAGUUGGAGUUGAAGGAGAACAGCAGCAGCAGCAGCAGCAGCAGCAGGGACAGUCACCGAUGGAGCCAGUGACGCCGCCCAAGAAAGAUGAGCUAGCGCCCUCGCAGCAAGAAGGACGACAACAGCAGCCGUCGGCGCCUGCGGACAGUGCGCCGGCGCCGGUCGUCCUCUCCGCCGUGCCGCUGCAGGCGGUACGCGUGUGCCCACCAUCGGAACCGGACGGAACGCUCGGAGCUUCCGCGCCUAAGCCUGAAGAAGACAUGCCCGACGACAUGUCCCAGCUCCUGGCACUGCUCGGUUACCCUGCCAUGUUCUGCAACAACCAAGGUCAGGAGCAGUGGCCACCGAGCUUGACAGGCAGUACGGCGUUCCUCGCCGCAGCAGACACCAAUGUCGUCGUUGGCCAUGCUCCGCUCCAGCCCUACCAGCAACAGGAAGAUGGCUACAGCUUGUUCGGAGUGCAGAACCAGCAUCUCUUCUUGGGAGAGAACCAAAGUGUUUACAUGGAGCAGGGAUGGCAGCACGCUGAUCUGUUACUCCCAGACAACACCACCACGCAGACGAUGAACAGCAGCGGCGGCGGCUGGGAGCACGGUAACGACCAGCGUCAGAUUCACCAGCAGCAGGAGGAGAACAAUGGAGGGGGCUCUGGAGUAGUACAAGACCAGCAGCCUAUGAAUCAUCCCCAGGGCGGCCAUGACCUGCCGCCCUUGGACGAGCAGUCGUCUGGCUCUGAUGAUCUGCAGGUCGAUAGCCUCCUGUUCGGCGAGAGCGUUCAGAUGGACGAGCUCGACGGGUUUGUCAGGGGCGUGCUGGUGUCCCGCGAUGAGCCGCCUCAGGACUUGGCAGCAGGCACGCAGGAGCAGGAGGGAGGCGAUGAUCCAGCGACUCUGCAAGCAGCAGGCACGCAGGAGCAGGGGGCUGAUGGUACAGCGAACUUGCAGAGUCUUCAGCAUGAUGAGCUUCAGUUGCAGUGGCUCUAUUAUUGUCAGGUGCAGCGUGCUCGCAACGAACACGUGCGGGAUGGGCCGUGCUCUUGCAUGAUUUGUGCAGCAGCGGCAACGGCGCUGGUCUCCGCCUGUCUUCCCGGAGUCCGGCGGAAGGCCGGUGUCGGGAGGAGGAAAGGUUCUUCCCAGGCACCGCGACCCAUGCUGAGGCAUCUGGUCCGGUCGGGCCAGCUCGCCGACGCGAGGAGCCUAUUCGACGCGAUGCCGAACCGCGACGAGGUCGCCUACGCCACGCUCCUCUCGGGCUAUGCCGCGGCAGCCGACUUCCCGGGCGCCAUGGCGCUCUUCUCCCUCUUCCGCGCCUCCUCCCCGCCUCACGCCGCCGCGGACCCGUUCAUCCUCAGCCCCGUCCUCAAGGCGUGCGCUUCCGCUGCCGCUGCCGCCGGCACCGGCGCAGGGCUCCUCCCCCUCUCCUUCCCCCACGCUGCGGCGGCGGCCGCGCUGCACGCGUUCGCCGUCCGCUCCUCCGCCGUGUCGUCCGUGUUCGUGUCCACGGCGCUCGCGGACGCCUACGCCAAAACCGGCCGCCUGGAGCUGGCGCUCCAGGUGCUCGACGAAACGCCCCACAAGAACGUGGUCUCGUGGACCACGCUCGUCGCCUCGCUGGCGCGGGCCGGCCGGCGGCACGACGCGCUCCGCCGCUUCGCCGAGAUGCGAGCCUCCGGCGUGGCCUGCGACUCCCACGCCUGCGCGGCCGCGCUCACGGCGUGCGCCGGUGCGGGGCUGCCGUCACGCGGCCGCGAGGUGCACGCGCUCUGCGCCAAGCUCGGCCUCGACGCCGUGCCCUUCGUCGCCAACGCGCUCGCGGCGCUGUACGCGCGGUGCGGCGCUGUCGACCGCGCGCUGGCCGCGGUCGACCGCAUGGGCACGCGCGAUGUUGCUGCGUCCACGACGCUGAUCGCCUCCUACAUCCAGACCGGCCGCGCGGUGGAAGCUAUCGAGGCGUUUGUCAGAAUGCUUCGCGAUGAGUCGUCAAAUUCUGCGUCACCAAAUGAGUAUACUUUCUCUGCCGUAAUUGCUGCGUGCCCAAAUAUUGAAGGUGCCUAUCUUGGAGAGCAGUUACAUGCACAAGCUGCACGGAGAGGGCUAUCUCAUACCCGCUCUGUGGCCAAUUCCCUUAUCAAACUCUAUGCGCGCUGUGGUCGACUUUCAGCUGCUGAUGCUAUCUUCCGGGAGAGUGAUGUCAAGGAUGUUGUCUCCUGGAGCACAAUUAUAUCAGGAUAUGCACAGGAAGGCCUCGGCGAGGAGUCUUUUGCCUUAUUCUCAGAAAUGCGGCAUCACAGCAGCUGCCCUCGGCCAAAUGAGUUUACUCUUGCGAGUCUCUUCAGUGUGUGUGCGAGUGCUGCAUCACUGGAUGCUGGACGCCAGCUGCAUGCACUCGCUGUCGCUGCUGGACUUGAACACCAUGUGAUGGUAAGGAGUGCGCUCGUUAACAUGUACGGAAAGAGUGGUAGCAUGUCAGAUGCUAAUGUCGUAUUUUCCAAUCGCACUAAAGAUGAUGUGAUUUCAUGGACUGCAAUGAUCGUUGGGCAUGCUGAGCAUGGUCACAGCAAAGAGGCAUUUGAACUGUUUGAGGAAAUGUGCCGUGUCGGGCUAAAGCCAGACCAUGUUACGUUCAUUGGUGUACUCACUGCUUGCUCUCACGCGGGGGAAGUUGAGCUCGGAUUGAGAUAUCUCAAUGCAAUGAACAAAAGCUAUGGGCUGGAGCCUGAAAAGGAGCACUACGGUUGUGUUGUUGAUUUGUUAGCCAGAGCUGGUAGAAUACAUGAGGCUGAGGAGUUGAUUGGAAGAAUUGCUGCUGAUGGAAGAGAUGGUGUGGUUUGGACAUCUUUGCUUAGGGCAUGUGCUGCUCGAGGGGCAGAGGAAACUGGAAAGAAAGCUGCAGAGAGGAUGAUGGAGGCAGAGCCAUGGGGUUCAGGAGCACAUGUGGCGAUGGCAAACCUCUAUGCUAGCAAGGGGCAGUGGCGUGAGGCAGCACAGGAACGCCAUUUGAUGAAGCAGAAAGGUGUUCUAAAAGGCGCAGGGUGGUCAUCAGUUGAAGUUGGAGGGGACGAUAGGGGGGUUGGAGUGUUUGUUUCAGGAGAUCGGACAAAUCCCCAUGACAAUGCCAUCUACAUGAUGCUUGAGCUGAUAUACUAUGGAGCCAGAAUGGUUGGCCAAAUCCCUGAUCAGUUGGAUUUAGGAUCUGAAGUGGAGCUAGCAGUGUACUAA